CUGCCUGCCACAUCCGGCCCUCGAACGAAAGGGUCCUUUUUCAAGCGUACGCCAUUGCUGGCGUAUGGUAGUUUAUUUUAUUGAACGAAAAAUCUGUAACCAUCCAAAAUGGUGAAUUUCACCGUAGACGAGAUCCGUGCCAUGAUGGACAAGAAGCGGAACAUCCGUAACAUGUCCGUCAUCGCUCACGUCGACCACGGCAAGUCUACCCUGACCGACUCGCUGGUCUCCAAAGCCGGUAUCAUUGCUGGCGCCCGUGCCGGUGAGACUCGGUUCACGGACACGCGCAAGGACGAGCAAGACAGAUGUAUCACCAUCAAGUCGACUGCCAUCUCUAUGUUCUUCGAGCUCGAAGAGAAAGAUUUGGUGUUCAUUACCAACGCUGACCAGCGUGAGAAGAGUGAAAAGGGUUUCUUGAUUAACCUGAUCGACUCACCUGGACACGUUGACUUCUCGUCUGAAGUGACUGCUGCACUCCGUGUAACUGAUGGUGCCCUGGUCGUCGUAGACUGUGUCUCUGGUGUGUGUGUACAAACUGAGACUGUACUGCGUCAGGCUAUUGCUGAGCGUAUCAAGCCCAUUCUGUUCAUGAACAAGAUGGACCGUGCUCUCCUGGAGUUGCAGUUGGAGGCUGAAGAGCUCUACCAGACCUUCCAGCGUAUUGUUGAAAACGUCAACGUAAUCAUCGCCACCUACAACGACGAUGGUGGUCCCAUGGGUGAGGUCCGUGUGGACCCUAGCAAGGGUUCCGUCGGUUUCGGUUCCGGUCUCCACGGCUGGGCUUUCACCCUCAAGCAGUUCUCUGAAAUGUAUGCCGACAAGUUCAAGAUUGACCUCGUCAAGCUCAUGAACAGGCUAUGGGGAGAGAACUUCUUCAACGCCAAGACCAAGAAGUGGGCGAAGCAGAAGGACAAUGACAACAAGCGUUCGUUCUGUAUGUAUGUGCUAGACCCUAUCUACAAGGUGUUUGAUGCCAUCAUGAACUUCAAGAAGGAGGAAAUCGACGGCCUCCUCAAGAAGAUCGGAGUCACCAUCAAGCAUGAAGACGCUGACAAGGAUGGAAAGGCCCUGCUCAAGGUUGUUAUGCGUAGCUGGCUCCCUGCUGGUGAAGCUCUGCUUCAGAUGAUUGCCAUCCACUUGCCUUCCCCCGUGGUCGCGCAAAAGUACCGUAUGGAGAUGUUGUACGAAGGUCCCCACGACGAUGAGGCCGCCAUUGGUAUCAAGUCCUGCGACCCUGAAGCUCCUCUUAUGAUGUACGUGAGCAAGAUGGUACCGACAUCCGACAAGGGUCGUUUCUACGCUUUCGGACGUGUAUUCUCCGGCAAGGUCGUCACCGGCCAAAAGGCCCGCAUCAUGGGACCCAACUUCACUCCCGGCAAGAAGGAGGAUCUGUACGAGAAGACCAUCCAGCGUACCAUCCUCAUGAUGGGACGUUACGUCGAGGCCAUCGAGGACGUGCCCUGCGGUAACAUCUGUGGUUUGGUCGGCGUGGACCAGUUCCUUGUCAAGACCGGAACCAUCACCACUUUCAAGAACGCGCACAACAUGAAGGUCAUGAAGUUCAGUGUGUCGCCUGUCGUGCGUGUGGCUGUAGAGCCCAAGAACCCUGCUGAUCUGCCCAAGCUGGUGGAAGGUCUGAAGCGUCUCGCCAAGUCCGACCCUAUGGUGCAGUGUAUCAACGAGGAGUCCGGCGAGCACAUCGUCGCUGGUGCCGGAGAGUUGCAUCUUGAGAUCUGUCUCAAGGAUCUGGAGGAGGACCACGCUUGCAUUCCAAUUAAGAAGUCUGACCCCGUGGUGUCGUACCGUGAGACGGUCGCCGAGGAGUCUGACCAGAUGUGUCUGUCCAAGUCGCCCAAUAAGCACAACCGUCUGUUCAUGAAGGCCCAGCCCAUGCCUGACGGUCUGCCUGAGGAUAUCGACGAGGGCCGCGUAAACCCCCGUGAUGACUUCAAGACCCGUGCCCGUUACCUGACCGACAAGUACGAAUACGACGUCACUGAGGCCCGUAAGAUUUGGUGCUUCGGUCCCGAAGGUACCGGCCCCAACAUCAUGGUGGACUGCUCCAAGGGAGUCCAGUACCUCAACGAAAUCAAGGACUCCGUCGUGGCCGGCUUCCAGUGGGCCGCCAAGGAGGGAGUCAUGGCUGAGGAGAACCUGCGUGGUGUGCGCUUCAACAUUUACGACGUCACGCUCCACACCGACGCUAUCCACAGAGGUGGCGGUCAAAUCAUUCCAACCACCAGGAGAUGUCUGUACGCGUGUCUGCUGACCGCGCAACCCAGGCUUAUGGAGCCCGUCUACUUGUGCGAGAUCCAGUGUCCUGAAGUAGCUGUGGGUGGUAUCUACGGUGUCCUGAACAGACGUCGUGGUCACGUAUUCGAGGAGUCUCAGGUCGCUGGUACUCCUAUGUUCGUUGUGAAGGCCUACCUGCCCGUCAACGAGUCGUUCGGUUUCACCGCUGACUUGCGUUCCAACACUGGUGGACAAGCCUUCCCGCAGUGCGUGUUCGACCACUGGCAGGUCCUGCCUGGAGACCCGUGCGAACCCGCCUCCAAGCCCUACGUCGUCGUUCAGGAGACAAGGAAAAGGAAAGGACUUAAGGAAGGUCUCCCGGACCUAAAUCAAUAUCUUGACAAACUGUAAACGUCGUAGCUAAUGCAAUCCAUACUGUAAUAUAUGUAACAUUAUUGAGCGCGCCUCACGCAUUAUACAAUUUUUACGUUAACAUAAUAAUAUUAUUUUAAACAUAGUACUGAAUUGUAUCGCCUCAAUUAAGUUAAGUGUUAAGCUCGACGACGCUGGUCGGACCGUUUGUUACUGAGUGACAGAAUGUUGGUGUCACCAACCGAAACUAAAUAAACUAUUGAAAAUACCACAGUCUAUUCUAUAUGAAUCGUUAUGAUGUAGUCGGGAACCAUGAUUCAUUACUUGUACUGUAAUUAAUUUUUUAAAUUAUAAUUUUUCUAUUUUAA